CGAUCUUAUUUCUCGUUCUUGUCCAUAGGUCGACAGCGAAAUUCGAAAUUGCACUUUCGCUUUUCAAAUUUUGAAUAUUCGGCGGCGUUAGGUUGGCAGUUCCGAAAUGCCGUCGUGAAACUUCUACCCCCACCAUCCGUGAAAAAAGCGCGUCGCAUGUAGGUAACAAAGAGGGCCAUGUAAGUCGGCCAUUUUCUAAAGUGAGAUAGACGCAAGUGUUUUCCGCGAAUUUCCGCGCGUUCUGCGAGUUUUCCCUUUGGUUUGUUCACGUUUAUCGCGGCCCCGGCAAGUAUUGCAACCCCACAGAAAACCUGGGGUUUUGGAUUGAACUCCACAAGUGACUUUCGGAGGCGGCUUCUGCUGCGAGUGAGACGCACCUCUCUCUAGGGGGGGGCCUCUUUUAAUCUUAGACAAUGUUUGACCCCAACACUAUAACGACGCAACAGUCUCAGAUCCAGUAUGGCCAGCCUCAACAGCAACAGCCCCAACAACAGGAGAAAGCUGAAAAAACAACUGACAAUAAGCAACAGCAACAACAACAACAGCAGCAACAACAGCAACAAGCUUUUCCUUCCUUCUGUUACGCUAAUGUUAAUAUGAUACAUAAAAUUGAGCCAACGACUCAGACACACAAUUCAACUGUUAACAUGUCUCAACUCUCUGAUGACAAAUGUUAUAUAACACAGCCUUUCAGUUAUAACUAUGCACUUGUUAAUCAAAUGUCUUUGGCCCAAACCAAUAUCAGCAAUAUUGGUAAUAUUACUUUCAAGUGUGAAGUGUGUGGCCUUAUGUUUGCCCAUUUAGGAUUAUUAAACCAUCACAAACGAGUUCAUCAGCAACCCCAGCAACAGCAACCCGAAACACAACAAAUCACUGUUCAGGUCCAGCAGCAACCACAGCAAAUACAAAUUGUUUCUGCUGAUCGAAUAAGAUUUUCGUGUGAGGAAUGUGGUCUUGCAUUCAAUACGCAGACGGAUUUAAAGUCCCAUCGUAUGCAGACACAUCAACAGCAAACACAACAGCAUCAGCCGCAGCAGCAGCCACAGAACACGUUGAAAAUUAAAAAUUGCGAGACCUGCGGUGCACCGCUGCCGCAGGACAGUAAUAAGAAGAGGGCUGUGAUGAAAGUCAAAUGUGAGACAUGUCUUAGUGCGGAAGCAAUUCAACCUCAAAUAUUUGUGGUGGCAACAACACCUGCUGAUAAUCCGGUGAAGUUUGAGGAAACCACUGGUACGCAAACGAGCACCUCCAAUUUGGGUACGCAAAAUAGUAUCCCAAUUGGAGUGAAGAAUAACCAUCCAGUGAAGCGGAGAGGCAUUGCAUCUGUCACGAAAUGUACCAAGUGCAAUGGUAGUGGCAUUAUUUUUAUCGGUGGCUCAAAGAACCAGCAAAAUAACGUGGAUAAACCGUUUCAUUGUAACAUCUGCAACGGUUCAUUUUCACGGUAUAGCUCGCUGUGGAGCCACAAGAGAUUGCACACAGGAGAGAAGAAUUUCAAAUGCAAUAUAUGCGGAUUGGCUUUCGCCAAAGCCGCCUAUCUUAAGAACCAUUCGCGUAUUCAUACAGGCGAGAAACCUUACAGAUGCAACGUGUGCGGAAUGCAAUUUUCGCAAUCGCCACAUCUGAAGAACCACGAACGCAUCCAUUCAGGGGAAAGACCGUACGUGUGCGAGGUGUGCGACAAAUCGUUCGCGAGACAUUCGACCUUGUGGAAUCACCGGCGGAUACACACUGGCGAAAAACCGUACCGCUGCGACAUCUGCGGAUCGUGUUUCAAUCAGGCUACCCAUCUGAAGAACCACGCAAAAGUUCAUAGUGGGGAGAAGCCUUUUAAAUGUGAUAUCUGCAGUGUCGGUUUUAGUGAUAGGUUCGCCUUGAAGAGGCACAGGAAUAUUCACGAAAAGUACGGCAGAACGAAAGCGAACAAUCCCGCGAACGCCGUGCAGAAUCAGUCCCAGCAGCAGCAACCCAACGAUGGGAACCAGUCGAACCAUCGCGACAACGACGACGGAAACAUGGACAACACGACGACGGAGGACAUCGUGGUGGAAACCAAGUACGAGGAUGCAGAGAUUACCGACGAUAUGGAGAUGUCUGAUUUACAGUCUUACCAUUACUGGCACCGAGGAAAAAUCUCUUAUCCAGAUAAAAUAUUUCUACUAAAAAGCCUAUCCCUCAAUAAAAAAGGUGCUUGAUUUGACACACAUAAAAUAAGAAAAAAGUACAAAGUAUAACCGUGUGACUUAAGUUCUCUCUCACUCACUCGCUCACUCUUUCUAUACUGAUCUGAUCUGAAGACUGUUGGAAUCCGAUUUCAGAAGUAUUUUUUGAUACAUAUGCGCUGUAAAAUAGAAAAAGAAAAAAGAAGGGGGGGAGGAGCCAGAGCUGCUCCGCCCACAACUUUCGAGAGAUCACGUUCGUUCGACUCCGGCACGUAUUCGGAUUUGCGAUUCGUUUUAGGAUUCGCUUUUUGUUUUUAUUUAAACAAAAAAAAAACAAACACUAUUGAUUGUUUCGCUUGGGGGACUUAAACUUAAUUGAUAACAAAAAAAAGAAGUAAUUAAACCAGAACGUAAAUCGUAAAUAAAAUAUAUGAAUAAAAUAAGAAGGCGCUGGAACGUCACUUGUAUCCGAAAGACUGUAGACUAUUAUUUCAAUUGAACACAGCCAAUUAAU